AUGGGUGGCUUGGUGAUGAAGAAAGCAUAUAUCCUAGCGAAACAAGACGCACUGCACAAGGCGCUGGCUGGGCGAUUCGCCGCAUUCUAUUUCCUCGCCACGCCGCAUCGGGGUGCCGACUCGGCAAAGAUGUUGAAGAACCUCCUCAAGGUUGCGUACGACCGUGCUUAUAUUGGCGAUCUGGAAAGGAACUCGGGGGCGGUCCAAGUGAUCAAUGACGAGUUUCGGAAUUUUUUGGUUGGCCCUGAGCUCUGGUCGUUCUAUGAAACGCAAAAUAUGAAAUUGUUUGGCUCGCUCAUUGUCGAUCCCGAGUCCGCCGUCCUCGGGUACCGUGAAGAGAAGCAGGUACCCAUGACUGCUGACCACCGCUCGAUAUGCAAGUUCGACACACCAGAAGACUCCAACUACGUCCUCCUACGAAACGCGCUCGCCUCUACUGUGAGCAAAAUUUCCACGGCAAUUCUGGAGCUGAAGCUGAAGCAGAGGCGUCAAAGUAUCAAAAACCUCAAGAAGUACCUGGAAGUUUCCGACGUCUUGGACGAUGAUCUUGAAAACGUCUGCGAAGCGCGGAUGCGCGGGUCGUGCAAAUGGAUUUCGACCAAAGCCAGUUACGUCAAAUGGAGGGAUGAGGAAUCCGGAUGUGGAAGGACACUAUGGAUCAAGGGCAAGCCAGCAACUGGAAAAUCUGUUCUCGCUGGCUAUGUCAUUGAUCAACUUAAGGAGUCCGGCCAGGCAUGUAGCUACUUUUUCUUCAAACAUGGAGAAAAGUCGAAGUCCAACCUACGUCGUUGUCUCCGAUCUCUGGCUUUCCAGAUGGCUAGCUCCAGUGCCAAAGCUAGUGAUGCCAUUCUAGGGAUGCAGGCGGAUGGUGUUCGCUUAGACCGCGUCGACGAACGUACCCUGUGGAGAAUCCUCUUCCUGUCUGGCAUUUUCCAGGCUACAAUGACUCGGCAUUACUGGGUCAUUGAUGCCCUGGACGAGUGUUCUAAUCCUCUAGUCCUUUUACAGGCCAUUUGUUCCAAUAUGGACGAAUCUAUACCCCUGAGAAUUCUCGUCACAAGCCGGGAUACGGUCGACCUGGACCAAGGUUUCUCGAGCAUUCCACCCAACCUAAUCCAGUCCUUGCCAAUCUCGAUAUCAGACACAGAGUCAGAUCUCAGGCUUUUGGUUGAGAGGAAAACACAGGCGUUAGGAGUCGUGGGCCCUGACGAUCGAGGUACAUUAGCAAAGAAGAUCCUCGACAAAUCUAAUGGGUCCUUCUUGUGGACAAUUUUGGUGCUUGAGGAGCUCCUACACUGCCACGGCAGAAGGCAAAUUCUCCAGAUUCUUGAAGACGUACCGAGAGGCAUGGAGUCACUGUACAAGCGGACUUUAGACUACAUGUCGGAGGCCGUUCGCGGAAAGGAGCUGGCCAAAACCAUUCUAAUGUGGGUAGUAUGCGCAGUUCGACCAAUGACAAUCCGCGAACUGGACGGUGCUCUGACCCUGGACAUCCGCGACUCAUUCCCAAGAUUGGAGGAGAGCAUCUCCGCACUCUGUGGUCAACUGGUGGUCGUGGACAAGUAUGGGAAAGUUAAGAUGGUGCAUGAAACUGCCAGAGAGUUCCUUGUAGCCGGCGGACUUGAGUCUGAGUUCUCCAUCGAGAAAACCAAGGCCCACACACGGAUGGCUCAGGAACAGUCGACGCCGUUCUUCGCAUAUUCAUAUCACCUUUCAAGAGCUGAUCCAUUGGCGUCAGGGACGUUCCAGCUUGUCGUGCAGUUCCUGAGAUCCAACGUCCUCACUUGGAUCGAAACGAUUGCCGACUCUCGAAAUCUCAAUCAACUCAUCCGCACCUCAAAGCAUCUCAAAAUCUAUGCCAAUGCGUGCGCCGCUGAACGUUCACCACUAGACCCUCAGAUACGAGCGCUACGACAGUGGGCCACGGACCUUGCUCGGAUUCCUGCUAUGUUCGCCAACGCCCUCACAGUAUCACCAUCAGCUAUAUACUCGUUGAUACCUCCAUUUUGUCCCACCGAGUCUAUGAUAUAUAACACCGAGGGCCCAGGCCGGAGGCUCGUAGUGCUUGGCGCACCUCAUAAGCAAUGGGAUGACAGGCUGCUGUGCAUUGAUUUCCGUCAGGGUCAACCAAGGUUCUUGCGCUAUGGAGAUGAGUUCCUGGCCGUCGGCCUCAGUUCAGGAACUGUCGUAUUGUACUACGCCACAUCUUACCAGGAGUACAUGGUCUUGGAGCAUGGUGAAGCAGUCCACUUUAUUGCUUUCAAGUCCAAAACCGACCUCGUAGCAACAUGUGGGAUGAAGAUGGCCAAGGUCUGGGACAUCAGAAGUGGGCAAGUGGUGCACAGCCUUGCGAGCCCUCCGCAUCCGCUUGGGAUGGAAUUCGAUGAAGAGACACUUUUAAUCGCGAGUCGCAACAACUACGUCGUGACUUGGAAUUUGGAACAUGACGCACAGCCGAAGUCGUUGCCAUGGAGCGAUACCGAUACGCCAGAAGCGAACCGAACCCCUCCGCGUGGGACCCCAUGCGCACUGACUCUCUCUAUCAGCCACGGAAUGCUUGCUGUCGCUUAUAGUGGUCAACCCAUUACGCUGUGGGACAUGAAAGGGGACGCCUACGCUGGUAGCUGUGGCAAGAAACUCUCCAGCGGAGAGACCAGCACGCAUGUCGUCGUCGCGCUUGUUUUCAACCCCAAUCCAGACAUUCGCCUUCUUGCAGUCGCAUACCUUGAUGGUGAUCUUGCACUCCUUGCUCCAUUUGCGGAUCAACAGCUGGAAUGUUUUCGUGCCAACUGCCAAACUCUCGCCGCAAGCCCCAAUGGGCGUCUCCUCGCAGCAGGUGGUGCAAAUGGGAUUAUCGACGUGUAUGAAUUCGAUACGUUCAAGCUCCUCUACCGGGUCAAGUCAUCCAACUCGUUUAUCAAGCAACUUGCCUUUACCAGAGACAGUAUGCUUCUUGCCGACAUACGAGGCGCCCAGUGCACUGUCUGGGAACCUGAAGCCCUGUUGCGGGACUCCCUGAGCGAUGACAGCAGCGGAACCACUUUAACUACAAUGGUGGAGACGGUUUCUACGGAAGCAAAAGCAAAGAUCACUGCCAUGGUGGUCCAUCACACGUCCGAAGUUAUCUUUUGCGGAAAGGAUGAUGGAUCAGUUGAACUGUACGAGCGGAAAAUUGCAGCGAGCUUGGGGACUCUCUACAGUCACAAGUCACCAGUCCGCCUGUUAACCUGGAUUGAACGGAGAGACGCUCUCCUUAGUGUGGAUGCCUCCAACAGGAUCUUCCUAUACAGAAUCCACAAGUCAGCAGACAAAGGUUGGCUCAGCGAUCUGAGCGUACUCUUCAAGUCCCGCCUCGACUCCGAAAAGGCAAUCAUAGAUGUGCUAGUAGGAGACAUGGCGGCGAAGUUCCUGGUAUCAACUCGCGAGUCUGAUCACCUGUUCAGCUUGGACAGCGGUAAGUACGAGAGAGACUGGACAUAUUCACAAAUGCCUGGAAGCCGUAAAUGGCUCCCUCAUCCAGAAUCCUCUCAACAUCUGGUCUGUGUCGACAAUGUCAAAGUCUGCGUGUAUUGCUGGAGUGACUUGUCUGAAAUUUUGUCUAUUACAUUGUCAUUGGACGACACGGCAGAGCUCAAAAGCGCGAUUCCCUAUUUCCUUGGUCAAAAACAGAGAAUUAUGCUCGACUUAUUACAUCCGAACGGCCCUGUCAACAUCAACAGGAUUGGGAUAAUUGACAUAGACUGCCUUGGCGUCAGAAACAACGAUAGCAGCCGCUUGCUAGGGAAGCAAUUAGAUGCUGUGGCAGCUUUAGGCCAACUUGCCACAGAUGAAGACGGGGAGAACCUGGUCAUGACAUCAAAUCCAGCCGCUCCGCUUCGUUCACCGAUGACGGCAUUCGAACUAAACAUUGCUCAUGUUAUCGGAAUUGAUGAAUCGAGGAAACUUAUAUUCCUGAACCAGUCUUUUUGGGUGUGCUCUGUUGAUCUCAGCGAAGGCGGGUUAGAGAUCGCGCAACGCAAAGAUUCCCCGACAAUUGAGAUCUCUGAGCACUUUUUCGUCCCAUACGAUUGGUUCGCUGGGAAGAGGGACAUUGUUUGUGCCUUGGCAAAGAGAGAUAUCAUUUUGACUCGGGGUGGCAACCUGGCGGUGGUAAGGGGCGGUCUUGACCAUGCUGCGAGGGUGUGUAUAAAAUAA